AUGGAAGCCGGUGCAGCAGCGAAAGUGGCUCCUGCUGAGACGCCGGUCGUGCAGGAAUUAGACGCCAAGGGUCCGUCUGAAGAUGAAAAAGCAAACGCGCCAGAACAUGGAGCACUAAGCGCUCCUGAGUUGAAAGAGUCGAAAGAGGUGAAAGAGGAGAAGGAGAACCAGAAGCACGAAGAAAAGCAUGAAGAAAAGCACGAUGAAGAAAUGUUGGGGUUUGAAGUGGAAAAAACUCUAGCAGCAUUGGUCACUACCAAAUGGGGAGGUAAAGUACAAGACUACCCUAUACGUUAUAAAACGUUGGAUAAGACAUAUAUCUUUACACUCGAUGGUAUUAACCAGAUUAAUGAUAUUAUGAAGUUAGUAAGAUUUCAUGUAUGGAGUGCAACACCAGUGAAAGAUGAAGUUAUGCUCAAAGCGCCAAUUCCCAAACAGAAGUGGGAAUUAAGAAAAGACAAGGUCAAAAUGAUCGAGAAGGUUGGUGCUGGCGCAUUUGGUGAGGUAUGGCGUGGAACACUGCAAGAAAACCCGAGGGUUCCUCCUGCCCAAGUCGCUAUAAAAGUGGGGCAAUUUGCUUUCAGGAACGUGGUUAGGUUUUACGGAGUCGUGUAUAGAGGUUCCGUCGAUGCGAUGAUUGUUAUGGAAUAUGUGUCAUCAAGAACGAGAAUUAGCUAUUCUAUCGACGCUGCAACUGGUCUCGCCUAUUUACAUGCGAAAGGAUGUAUGCAUAGGGACGUGGCCUGUCGGAAUUGCCUUAUCGACGUUUCGAAAGGUAUUGUAAAACUCACCGAUUUCGGUAUGUCGAAGCAGGGAGACACCUAUAACAUUCCAAUGGACGAAAAAGUUCCCGUAAAGUGGCAAGCUCCUGAGGUUCUCACGAAGCGAUUGUAUACGCCCAAAAGUGAUGUAUAUUCAUAUGGAAUACUUACUUGGGAAAUAUUUAACAACGGUGAACCACCUUUCAAAGGAAUAGAGAACAGAGUUGUCAGGGAAAAAGUGGGUCCCUGA